AUGGAUACGUCGGGCCAGGACAAUGGCCCUAAGCGUGGAACAAAACGCAAAUUGACUAAUAAAGAUGGACUUGAACUCGGAAAAGGUUUCAAUAAUUCAUCUACUAUCCUAGACCAGGAGACCUCUUCGUCACCGGCAACUGAAUGCUCGGUUACCAAUAACGACCGUUCUUCGGGGCCAGUGCUACUUAGAGAACUACGGGGUGACUAUUACUACAAAACGCUGUACACGGAGGAGCUGAACUUUCGCCUGCUCGGACAGCACGACCCAGAAUUUGAAGCCGUGUUGGAGCGCGGUUCGCAUCUUGACUUUAAUAAUCCUAAGUCAGUCAUGCAACUGACCAAGACCCUCCUCAAGCGGGAUUUUGGUUUGACAGUCGAUUUGCCCACGGACCGACUUUGCCCUCCGGUACCUAAUCGGCAUAACUAUAUACUUUGGCUGAAAGAUCUUCUUGACUCAUCCUCAAUUCCAUACCUGGACUCUAACGAACCAACUCGGCGGGUAACUGGGUUAGACAUUGGCACCGGCGCCAGUCUCAUCUACCCGCUUCUUGGUUGUGUUCAGCGACCGUCAUGGACAUUCAUUGCAACCGACGUUAAUACAAAGUCAUUAUCUUACGCGCGUAAAAACGUUCAGUUAAACAAUUUACAAUCUAGAAUCCGUGUGGUCGGUCGCACUAUCACGGACUGUCUUAUCCCUCUGGAUGAACUAGGCCUAGAAACCAUUAACUUCACCAUGGUUAACCCUCCCUUCUACACGUCCGAGGCCGAACUCACAGAUCUGGCUAAGCAAAAAUCCCGGCCCCCAAAUACCGCAUGUACGGGCGCGCCAGUCGAGAUGGUGUGCACUGGGGGCGAGAUCGGGUUUAUCCAGCGGAUGAUUGAUGAGUCCCUAGUCUUACGAGAGAGGGUGCAGUGGUACACGUGCAUGCUUGGCAAACAGUCAAGUCUGGAAGUACUCGUGGGCAUCUUGAAGGAGUAUGGAGUGACUAAUUAUGCUAUUACAGCAUUCGUUCAAGGGAAUAAGACGCGUAGGUGGGCUAUUGGGUGGAGUUUCGGGAACAGGAGGCCGAAUCUGUCGGCUAGUAGGGGCUGUGAGCCCUCGGCUGGGAAAAAGAUCCUACCGGAACCCACAGAGGUAAUAGUUGUUAUGAGAUCUAGCUCGCAAGUCGAACUGGGACAGCUUGAGCGCGCUGUUAGCGAUACGAUGGAGGGUAUCGACCUGGAUUCGUGGAGCUGGAGUAAGCAGUUGUCAAAGGGCGUAGGCUUUUCUAAUGGCAAUGUUUGGAGUCGAGCUUAUCGUAGGAAAAAGGUUAGAGAAAGGGGAAAUACCAUCGAAGAUGAGUCUUCAUCGUUUCGUCAAAAGAAGCCCAAGCAAAUGGCGGAGCAGGACACGACACAUAGUACAUUUGGCUUCUUAUUAACAAUACAGACUUCAGGAGAUAAGGAUGAUAAGGAUCAAGUAGCGAUCGUGGCCCGCUGGCUCCAGGGGAAUGAUCAUACGAUUUUCGAGAGUUUCACGGGAUUCCUCCGAAAGGCUAUCCUCGCGUCAACCCAGGAGUAA